CCCCCAGCGGCGCCCGGGCCGGGCCGGGCUGGCAGAGGAGGCUUCCGGAAAUACAGAUUCAUUUUAUUUAAGCGUCCGUGGCACCGACAGGGACCCCAGAGCCCAGAGAGGGGCGGCGAGAGGCCCCAGGUCAGUGACUUCUUGUCGGGCCGCUCACCGCUGACCCUGGCACUCCGGGUGGGUGACCACAUGAUGUUCGUGCAGCUGCAGCUGGCCGCCCAGCACGCCCCACUGCAGCACCGCCACGUGCUGGCCGCCGCUGCGGCUGCAGCCGCCGCAGCGCGAGGGGACCCCAGCACAGCCACCCCUGUGUCCGCGCCCUGCCGGCCGGUGUCCAGUGCCGCCCGUGUCCCCCCAGUGCCCACCAGCCCUUCCCCCGCGUCCCCCUCGCCCGUCACAGCUGGCUCCUUCCGAUCCCAUGCAGCCUCUGCUGCCUGCCCCGAGCAGAUGGAUUGCUCUCCGCCUGCCAGCGGCGGUGCCAGCCCUGGUGCCAGCACCACGUCUACCCCGGGGGGCAGCCCGACCCCCCGCUCCCGAAAACCCGGUGCCGUCAUCGAAAGCUUUGUGAACCACGCCCCAGGGGUCUUCUCAGGGACCUUUUCUGGCACGCUGCACCCCAAUUGCCAGGACAGCAGCGGACGGCCACGGCGUGACAUCGGCACCAUCUUGCAGAUUCUCAGUGACCUCCUGAGCGCCACGCGGCACUACCAGGGCAUGCCCCCCUCGCUGGCCCAGCUCCGCUGCCACGCCCAGUGUG